UGUUCGCGGGCGGGGGGCGCGCGGCGCCUCGGUCUGGGGGAGCGCGGGGCGGCCUCCGCCGGCGUCGCGCGCGCUGUGUGUGUGAGCGGGGUCGCGCGCGCGCGAGCGACAAGCGAGUGAGGGAACGAGGAGCGGCCGGGUGUGAGCGUGUGGGAGUGUGUGUGUGGGAGUAGGGGGUGAGGGAGAGGCUGACCGACCGCGAGGCCGUGAGAAAGUGGGCGAGUGUGCGAGGACGCCCGGCCUGGCUGCGGGAGCCGCGGUCGGCGGAGGAGAAAGGAGGCGGCUCCCGGCAUCCCUCCCCCUCCCCCUCCUCUCCUCGCACGACUUCCAGCCCGACCCGCGGCCCGCGCUGCCUCAGAGGCCCCAGCCCGGCUCCGCCGGCCGUGAGCGAAGGAGGAUCCGCCCAAGCCAGAGUUUAUAGUCAAGAAGAAAUAAUCCGGAAGAGAAAGAGUAAGCAGAUCAAGAUGUGUAGCUCUGUGGCUGCGAAAUUGUGGUUUUUGACAGAUCGUCGCAUCAGGGAAGACUAUCCCCAGAAAGAGAUAUUACGUGCUUUGAAGUCAAAAUGUGGUGAAGAGGAAUUGGACUUCAGGGCUGUGGUGAUGGAUGAGGUGGUGCUGACAAUUGAGCAAGGAAACCUAGGUCUACGGAUCAAUGGAGAACUAAUCUCUGCCUACCCCCAGGUGGUGGUGGUGAGAGUUCCAACCCCUUGGGUGCAAAGUGAUAGCGACAUCACUGUUUUGCGCCAUCUAGAGAAGAUGGGAUGCCGAUUGAUGAACCGACCCCAAGCCAUCCUGAACUGUGUUAAUAAGUUCUGGACAUUUCAGGAAUUAGCUGGUCAUGGUGUUCCUCUGCCAGAUACUUUCUCUUAUGGUGGCCAUGAAAAUUUUGCUAAAAUGAUUGAUGAAGCAGAAGUACUGGAGUUCCCAAUGGUAGUGAAGAAUACACGGGGUCAUAGAGGUAAAGCUGUUUUCUUAGCUCGAGAUAAGCAUCAUUUGGCUGAUCUAAGCCAUCUUAUUCGUCAUGAAGCUCCAUACCUGUUCCAGAAGUAUGUUAAAGAGUCUCAUGGACGGGAUGUGCGAGUCAUUGUUGUAGGAGGUCGUGUUGUUGGCACCAUGUUACGUUGUUCAACAGAUGGGAGAAUGCAAAGCAACUGUUCACUAGGUGGUGUGGGGAUGAUGUGUUCGUUGAGUGAACAAGGAAAACAGCUAGCUAUCCAGGUGUCUAAUAUCCUGGGGAUGGAUGUGUGUGGCAUUGACCUGUUGAUGAAAGAUGACGGCUCCUUCUGUGUCUGCGAGGCCAAUGCAAAUGUAGGUUUCAUCGCCUUUGAUAAGGCUUGUAAUCUAGAUGUAGCUGGUAUCAUAGCGGACUAUGCCGCCUCCCUUCUGCCCUCUGGCCGGCUCACCCGGCGUAUGUCCCUGCUCUCUGUGGUGUCCACGGCCAGUGAGACUAGUGAGCCGGAGCUGGGUCCCCCUGCCAGCACUGCUGUCGACAACAUGAGCGCAAGUUCCAGCUCUGUCGACAGCGACCCUGAAAGCACGGAGCGAGAGCUACUCACCAAGCUCCCAGGGGGCCUAUUCAACAUGAACCAGCUGCUAGCCAAUGAAAUCAAACUCCUAGUGGAGUGACUCCACUGGUAAAUAAUUAACCAACAAAACCCUUGUAAAACCUUUUUCUUUUUUCCCUUUUCUUUUUUAAGCCAACUUGCAAUGCUGUUCAUGGAGGAUGCUCAGGAGAAUGAGAGGAAAAUCAGUAGGAUUAGUUGGAGAGAAAAAGAGGGAAAUAGAUGAGACCUCUGCUAGUAAGGUUUUACUGACUUUAAUUUACAGAUCCUAUAGAGAGGCAGAAGAGGUGGGAUAGAACUAUGUCAGGCUCUCUUAGUUACUUUUUAAAUUACAAAAGAAUUUGUAUGCUUUCAGACCAUGAGGAACAUGAACAUUUUGUUCAUGAUUCCUUUUGUUUUUAUACAAAAAAUUGAUUUGGUUCAAAUAUCUGACAGCAUAACCUUACAUAGUAUUGGAAAAUUUGUAAAAAGUGAGGAAAACAUCUGCCUAAAUUACAGUAAUUUUUUUUCUAUAAAUCUGAAAAUUCUACCAUUUUGCUGUUAGAUAGCAGCUUUAGUUCAUAGUUGUUUAUGAUCUCUUAAGGGGCUCUUCUAUUGUUUUUUUUUUUUUUUUUCAUUUUUGUGUUUUGUUUGUUUUUUCCCUUAAUUUGGGUGGGAGGGCAAAGUAAAUAUAACCCAGUAGACAUUUUUUAAUGACAAAAUUGGCAUGUUUGCAUGAUGAGAUAGAAAUGAACAGUAUUGCAAUGUCUGGUAUACAAAAUAACAUUUACUCAAUGUAGAUAAAGUUACACUAGUUUAAAAUAUGUGCAUUGACUUGUACUUGUUAGUGUUUUAGUCUUUUUUGAAAGAUAUAUGCUCUGUUAAUGUUACUUUUUUUUUUUUUUUAAUACAUUCUAGUCUAACAUUCCCUGCUCUAUGCCUGCAUCUUUUAAUAAUGGCCAAAGUGGAAAAAAAAAAUAUGCUACCUUUUUGUUAACAAGAUACUGACUUGAAACAUGUACAUUUAAAAGCUUUUUUUUUUCCCCGUUUUUCUUUUUGUGGUUGGACAUUUAAAGAAUAAGAACAAGGAAAAUAUUUUUGGGGGGCACAUCAGGGGCCUUUAAGUUCUUAAGUAUAAAGCUGAAGUGCUUUCUAAUGCCAGCAUUUAAUAUAUUCGCAUUUUUCACAUUUUACAAGGGAGUAUAUAUGUAUGUGCGUGCACGCAUGCAUGUGUUUGUGUUUUGCUUUUUAUUUACACCAACCAAACAAAAAGGAUAGAUUAUAGAGAAUGGAGCAUGAUGGGAAACACAGUUUUUUACUUUAAAGAACAGAUGCAUUGUUUUCAUGACUUAGACUCCAUUGGGGUAGAGGUAGUCACCUAAAGACAUAAGAAUAGGUGCUUCUUAGGCCUUCAUGUGUAUAUGUAUGUUGUUUGGUUUUUUUCCUUUGUUUCUAGACUGUUCAGUGUAUGAUUUUUCAAGGCUACAUGCUUUUUGUCAAUGCUCAUGGCUAUGCAUUUUCUCUUUUUACACAUAGGAUUUGGGGUUGGGUGGAUUGGAUGUUUUUGUUUGGGGAUUAAAUUAGCAGUAUUGAGUCUCAUAUAGCCCUACUCUUAAGCCUUCAAUACUGACCACUCUUUUUAUUCCUUUAUUUUCUGAAUUUACAAAAGCCCCAGAACUGCAUAUAAUAUGAGCCUUUAAAACAUGGGUAAAACUCUCUUAAUGGUGGGUUUGGAAGGUAUGUUAAGAAAUGGAGGUGCUACAGAGCUCAACAUAAUUUUUUUAAACAGCAAGUUCCAUCUCCCUACAAAUCCUCUGAAGCUUUUAUCCAAGCCCUUCCUUGCCUCUCCAGUGCUAUUUUCCUUCAGAUGGACCUUAACAUAAUUUCUUGGACACUACUAGAGAGACUUCGAGGCAAUAAUAAAAGAUCAGUAUUAACCAGCUCUAACAGAGGUUUGAUCAUGCUUACUUGUACAGUUUUUCCCCGUUUUAAAAAGGAAUGUAAUAAAACUUGUUUUUUCCAUAGAAUUAAAUACUGUUAAAAUUGAGUGAAAGGUUGAUUGUUGACAAAUAGAAUAGUACCUCUAAUCUGUGCACUGUCUCAUUUCACCUGAGGAAAAAGAUAAGAGGAGUUUCUAAUUAUCUUUAGUAUAUUCUAAUUGCAUCUAAAAACAUUUGACUUGCACAGGGUUAUUGGGGGACUCACAUAAGUACCUGUGACUCAUUAACAAAAAGAAAUACUUGGUACUUUUGCUGAAUGACCAUAUUUUGAAAGGUGCAUACUAUUUGGUAUAGAGAAAUAAAUGAACUGCUUAAUCAAACCAUCAUUCAUACGUUCAUGUAGAGACCAUCUGGUUGCCACAUAUAUUAUGAAACAUAUAUUUCAAACAGUUAUAUAUCAUAUGUAUAUAGGUUAAUGUAUUAAAAACACAAAUAGAACAACCUCUUUAUUUGAUGAAAAACUAAUUUUGUGUUGUGGGUAAGGGAUAAAAAAAAAUGGUAGUUAGCCAUUUUUUAACUUAACCAAAUUAAGCAACCAUUUUCAAGAAAUAUCUGAAAUUAUUUCACCUAUACUUUUACUCACUAUCCAUCUUCUGUGCAUUCAUGCUAUAUUAAAACAUGGCUUUACCAAUCUACUUCUGGAAUUCACACUCACACAUUAGAAUGAGAAGGACAGGAAUGGUCAUAUUAGACUUCAAAACCAUGGGUAUCUUGAAUUUCCUCAAAAAUUAAGGUAAAGAAUAAGAACAAAUCAUUCCGGAAGAACUCAAAGGGAAUAGUAUUAGAUAUUUAAGUGAUAGUUGAAUUUAUUUUCAUAAUUGUUUAAUAACUUUUGUAUGAUCUUCACUUUUAUGAGAUAAAAAUGUAUUUAUCAAAUAUGUGUAAUCAUUAUCAUGCCAAAUUCUGAAUUAUUGUUAAAUUUUUGUAUAUUGUUAAAAUUGUAAUUCUAAAUUGUAUUUUUAAAAUAAUUCUUUCUGAUAUUGUUUUUAUGUCACCCAUGAUGAAAACUGGACUUUUAAUAUAUUAUCUAUACAUAUGAACUAUUCCAUUUAAAAAUUUUUAAUAGUCUUUUUUCUUUUUUGGUGCCUAUAAUUGGUCAUUUCUGCUGGCUUUUCUCCAAUGAACUUUGAAAUCUUUCUGUAUAUGCUAUCAAUAAGAAAACUACCCUGGAACAUUAGAAAAAUCCAACAAAGAGACUUGCUUUCAUGGAGUACUUUAUCAGACUUUGAGAAAAGGUACCGAAGGCAUUGAAAAAAGUCACUGACUUUCAAAAUCAUCUCCUUUUUUCUCAAGAAGAAAGCAAUGGGAAAACAAAUUCUCUUCAUUCAGUGAACCCCCACUUUGGGGCUUUGGGGGGCUUAGAGACAUUGUGAAAUCAAACCUUGUGUUAUAUUUUUCUCCUGGCUCGCUUUUUUUGAGAAGGUUUAUGGGCUAUUUGGCUGGUGAGACACGAUCCCCUCCUAAGAAAAUGUAGGUGCUCAGACAGGUAACCUCUGCUGCUACUGUUUUUAUUUGUUUGUUCGUUUAAUUUUAUUUAAAAUUUGUUUUUGUUGUAUUAGGAUUUUUAAAAUAUGUAAUAUAUUGCAGGAUUUAUAACCAGGUUCACUGCUCUUUCUUUUUUUCUUUUCUUUUUUUUUUUUUUUUUUCCUUAAACAAAACAAAACAAAAUUUCAUUUAAAAUACAGUGUAGGCGCCUUUGAAGCUUGGAUUUUGGAAUGUUUCGGUAGUGGACAGAAAUCUGCUGUUGGAAUCUUCUAGUCUUCCAGGUUUAAUUUGAAAUGUUUUUAGUUUUGUUUUUGAUUUUUGUGUGGUAUUUUAUUUCCUUUAUACCAGUGCCCUUUUGCCAUGCUGUUUUGGUGGCUGCCUAACUCUAGUGAAAAUUUUUCUAUAUUAACGAAAGUUUGGCUUUUAAAAUUCCUUAAUGUUUUGCAUUUUUAAAAAUUGUUUUUAAAGAAAUAUUCUAAUUGCUUGCACUGUUACUGUUCUUUGCCAGCCUUUUCAGGAGCCAAAAAAACAAAUACAAACAAACAAAAAAAUACCCAGAGAAAAAACUUUCCUUCUUCCCCCUUCCUGAUGAUGAGUGAGAAGUAUUGAGAACUUUCGGGGUCAGUGCCCUUCUAAACUCCCCUUCCCCCAAUAAUGCAGCUGUAUAAUGAAUGCUAAAUGCAGCGGUUUGGAUUCAGGCACAGCCCCAGCCUGCUUGCAGGUAAUUUGACUCUCCUUUCUUUCCAUCACAAGGCUAACUUUACUUUUCUUCUUAAAAUUUUCCUUUCUUUAUGCACUUUAAAGGCAACUGUGGGUUUGUCAUAACUCUCAUUUUAAAAAAUAAUGCGUAAAUAUAUCUAACAAAUUUGAUUAAAGGAUAUCUUUUGUGGGUAACGUUUGAAUUGAUUAGAUGAACUCAGGACUCUCUUUGGAAAUUUUGUUUAGCCAUUUAGCUAAUCCAUUCCUUGCAUAUAUGUCUAUAAUUAAGUAUUUCAGAGUGUGACUUUUGGCUUUGUUUUUGUUUUGGGUUUGUUUGUUUCUUCCAUUGUGCUACUCUGGCUUAAGCUUUUUCAGGGGUUGGUGUUCCGAAUACACAGUGAGCUCACAGUAAAAGACAUCAAUUAGGAGUUGACAGGUAUGGAAAACUAGUGUUUUGAAAAGGUAAAAUUAGGUUGUAGGUUAUAUAUACGGUAAAAAUUCACCAUAGCAUUCAAUUACCUUAGUGCUUCUCUUUCAAUAAUGUAGUUAUAAAAGGAAGAAAUGAUGAAAAAUAAAUAUUUUAGUUAUUUUAAAAGCACUGUGAUAAUAGAACUAAUUAGCGUUACUGAGAAGCUAGUUCUUACAGAAAUAAAUGUGAACAGUGGGAUAUUAUCACGAAGUCAUGGUUUAAACAUUCAAAAAUUACAGGUUUGAAUAGUUAGAAAAACAUUACUGAAGUACAACAUGGUUAACAGAUUAAUGAAGAUCAUAAAGCUAGUGGCAAGAGUAGGAAUGCAACUUGUCCAUUUCUUCCUGUUAAUAAACUAUCCCCUCCUCUCUGUCCCCAUCCACCCACCUUUUCCUCCUUUCUCCUGUCCUUCCUUAAGUUUUAGUUUUAAUAUGAGAGCUUAAACUACCAUAUUUUUGCAUUUGGGGAGAUAAUUCUCAUUUCUAGUAGGUUAGAAUGUCAGCAAAAGUUAACCAGGACCUUUUAAACAUAUGCUUCUGCAUAAUUUGAUCCUGUUGCUUUAAAUUUCUUAUCCAAAAAGGACAAUAAGUUUAUAGAAAUCACUAAUGAAUAAGAAAUCCUGGCUCUAGAUCUUUUUCUAAACCUUAAGGAGGGCAUGUAAUAAAGUCACAUGUUCAUUUGCCUCAUUUAAAAAGAUAGUAGUAGUCACUCCCAUAAGCAUUUUAAAACAAAAAUAAUCUGUUGAGCUGAAAUUUAUUAAUAAAGGAUUCCCAACUUUAGUCUUGCAGGAAUUUAUAAUGUUUUCUGAAACAGGUUCAUUCAGGAGACCCUUGUUCUCUUGCUGCUAAGAAUGGCCACCAUUAAGAUGUAUGCAGUAUGUGAUUACAUAGGGUAUGGAGAGUUUAACAACCUCCAUUCUGCUGCCCCCGCUGAAAACCACUGAUUUGUAAAGAAUGAUCUUGCUUUUAGAUUUUACCAUAUUCAAACUUACUAGGUGGACCUUAUAUAGCAUAUAUACCUGGCUGCUAUUGUGGGAUUUGGGAACAUGAGGGGUGGGGUGAACUGUUGUUGUUUUAGGUUUCAGUCAGACAGACAUCCCUGUGCCCCAGUUCCCAGAAGCACAGCAGGCCUCUAGGAGCAUCCGUGGGAACGGCGCAGUCCUGACAUCACCAACUUCUCCUGCUCAGGCUCAUCCCAUAUACAGAGGUCAAAAGGGUGGGGAUUGAGAUGGGGGAAGGAAUGAGAAAGCAGAUACAAUGUCAUUGCAGUGCCACUGUUGACUAGCUUUUGGUGCUUAUGUCAGUGUUUGUUUUAUUUUGACUUUUUUUUUAAGUUGGCAAAAUUGUGCAUAUUUAUUUUAUGGUGAAAGUAGUGGGAGGGUGGAACAAAAACAAGCCAUUACUGUUGCCAUCCGUUCAUUACUGGAUAUCGUUCCUUAAUAAUUGAUAUAGAAUAAAUUUGAAAUGUAGACCCCAAUGACAAACAGAAUGGGAAUAGAAAUGAAUCUUAGGUUUUAACAAGCAGAAAACAUUUUUGCUGUGUUAAUUCCCAAUUCUCCUAUGACUGCUAUUACAUUUAUCAUUCUGUCUCCCUUUUCCCCCCUAAUUUCUAUGUAUGUAUACAAUUUGAGGAAAUGUGCUUUCAUGGUCAAUAUUUUUUAAAAGACUUAAAUUUAUUACUCUUUUGCAAAAAAAAAAAAAAACCCCAUAUAUAUAUAUAUAUAUAUAUAUA